ACAUGUAUAGUUUACUUGUAGUUUUAGUAUUAGUUGACUUAGCUGUAUCACAUCCAUUACUUGAAGAUGCCAGAAUAGUGGGUGGUGAAGAUGUAGACAUAAGGGCGGUACCAUACCAGGCGUCUCUGCUGCGUAGGGGCUCGUACACAUGUGGCUGCACGAUCAUCUCAAACGACCUCGUUCUGACGGCAGCUCAUUGUGUCGUGGGUUCCAAGCCGCAAGAGUACACCGUCCGCGUUGGCUCGUCCUUCAGCUCGCGGGGGGGUCAGAUAUACCCCGUAGGGGACUUCGUGUGGCACCCCGCGUUUACCUUCAGGAAUAUGGAGAGUGACGUUGCGUUGAUAUGGCUGGCCAGGCCCAUGAGGUUCAGCGAGAAGAUUAAGCCCAUAGAGAUGUUCGGCAUCGGAGAAGAGAUUAAAGAAGGAGAGAUUACGGUGGUGACCGGAUGGGGGAGUUUGCUGGAAGGUGGUGGUGUCCCGACCCAGCUACAAAUGGUGAAGGUGCCUAUAGUCAGUCCCGAGGUAUGCAACGACGCAUACGCCCCACUAUACACCAUCAGUCCCACGAUGAUCUGCGCAGGAGUGCCCGAAGGAGGACUGGACGCUUGUCAGGGUGAUAGCGGUGGUCCCUUGACCUUCAACGGUAAGCUAGCUGGUGUGGUAUCAUGGGGCCUGGGUUGCGCCAGGCCAAACUACCCCGGAGUAUACGCCAAGGUGUCAGCACUCAGAAAAUGGAUAGACGAACAAACCGUGACGCUCAGAAUGAAACACAUCUUGAGGACACCGUCCGACGAACCGAGGCUUUAAC